GUCCUACUGCAAACACUCACCACUUUCACGUCAUUGGAAAAGAAGGGCGGCACGCGCACACUAACGAGCAUGAGGAUCCCGCGUGAACGCCAGUAUAAAAUAGAACCUCCAGGUUCAGACUAAAGUCUAUGCAAAGAGCAUUUAGAGUGUGAGGAGUGCCAGCAGCGCAUCCAGAAAUGAAUAGAGUCGUUAAAGCCCACAUGACCUCACCUAUGAUGUUCCCUAGAAUGGGCACUGCUCAUUUCUUUAAGGUGACUGUGUUUGAACAGGAGCAUUUCCAGGGCAAGUGUCUGGAGUUCACUUCUGAGUGCUGCAACAUCCACAACUGUGGUAUGGACAACAUCCGCUCCAUCCGAGUGGAGAGUGGAGCCUGGGUGGGUUUUGAGCACCAUGAUUUCCAAGGCCAGCAGUUCAUCCUGGAGAGGGGCGAGUACCCCAACUGGGAAGCCUACAGCGGCUCUCUGUCCUACCACACCGAACGCUUCAUGUCAUUCCGCCCCAUCUACUGUGCUUCUCACUACAGCAGCCGUAUGAUGAUCUUUGAGAGGGAAAACUUCAUGGGCCGUUGCACCGAGCUGUGUGACGACUACCCCUCCCUGGAGGCCAUGGGCUGGUUCAUGCCCGAGGUGGGCUCCAUGCAUGUGCAGUAUGGCGCCUUUGUGUGCUAUGAGUACCCCGGCUACAGAGGCCAGCAGUACAUCAUGGAGUGUGACAGGCACAGCGGCGAUUACCAGCACUGGAGGAACUGGGGCUCUCACUGUCAGACUCCAAAGAUCCAGUCCAUCAGACGCAUCAGGCACUGAGAGGCGGCAGAUCAGGACAGCAGCAGCAGAACAACCUGGGCCCUGGCUAACACCUGUGUGUUCAAAUUUAGGAGCCCAAAUCAUUAACCUACAGUUCUGUGACACAAACCAUUAGUGAUGUAGCAGCUACCUCUUUAUUCCAGCACGUGUAUUUGUUUCUCUUAAAAAUGAAGUGUGUUGUUUUCCAUCCAUCCGUUUACACAAUACAGGCUCACGGGACGGUUGGAGCCUAUCCCAGCUUACAUGGGACAAGAGGCCGGGUACACAGAAAGACAAACAUUUCUGCUAAUUUCACAAAUAUGUCUUCGGAUCACGGUACAAACCGGAGAACCUGGAGAAAACCUCAUAGGCACAGGGAAAACAUGCACACUCCAUGCAGAAAGGACCCAGCCGGGCGGUGGAUUCAUACCCUGGACUACCUGCUCCACUGCUACCACUAUGCCAGCUACAGUUUUCUUUUGGUACAUGUAAAAUAAAGAUCAGAGUGAGAAUGUGAAA